AUGUUACCCUCAACAGAUGAUAUAGCGAAGUUCAUAUCCAUCGCUUCAGAGGCCAACGAAGGGACAGCCCUUAGAUUUUUGGAGGGAGCGGAAAGCGUCGACGAUGCUAUCAGCCGGUAUUAUGAAGCCCAGAAUGAGCCCAAUCCAACGGCCCUUACUAUGGAUGCGACGGAUGCCGGGGCUGAUACGCGCCCCCCACCGUAUGCACGUUCAGCAAUCAGCGGAUCUACAUAUCAUCACACCAAUAUUUUCAUUGGAGCUGCCAGCAUUCGCUCUAAAGAUGAACAAGAUAUGAAGGCUGCCCUACACAGCAUUCAGCAGGAAUGUCUCAUCUUCAAUAGCGAUAUUGAGCCAGAGCAUACUACGCAAUUUUAUAAUUGUGAUUGUGAUGUCCACAAAUACAAAGAUAGAAAGGCAGCCCGGCUUCCUGUCCAAGAAUUGUGGUCAAAAGCAGUCAUAUAUCCAGGUGAAUCAGCCUAUCAUGACAGCCAUUCAUCGGCUCUGAUUAUGAAGAAUCCAUAUAGUCGUGUGCCCUCGCCAUUUCCGCCUACAACUCCCGGGACUUUUAAUAGGGCGAAGCCUACUGCGUCUGGCUACAACCAGUAUCUUCAGAAGACCAUACAAUUGAACAUAUCCCUCAAUGAUGCGGCACAGGCUGCUAUUGAUGCCAAAGAGCCAGCCUCUACCAUAUGGAAUAUCGAAACCCCAGAUCGCUCUGUGUCAAAUGAGGCAGACGCUGCUUCUUCUGGUACCCAGCGACCAGCUGCCGAAGGGCUCACCCAUCAAAAUAAUGCCUCACGUCCCCUCACGGAAAGCCCCAAGCGAUCCGCAUUUGGUAGUCUGAAAAUGAUCUUAUCGAAGAAAACGUCGGAGCAGAAGGCAGAUAAGGCAGUUAUUCACAGUAAGGAGCUACGCGUGGCUAUCUUAGAGGAGGAGCAAGGCAGAUGGCCAAAUCUAGAAUGGCGACAGCUCGUGACAGCCUACCAAGAAGCAGUUAAAAUAAGUCAGAAGAUCGCCGAUCUUCGAGCCCGGCAGCCUAUUCAGUAUCUCCAUCUCCUCCGAGCAGGGUAUUUUGAGCCUAUUCCAGAGGCUUGGGUAAAGCUGACGUUUAGCCCUCUCAAACUGUCCAUCGACGCAUUCGGUGGGUGGAGAGGAGUCACCCCCAGUUGGAGAGGGUAUAAAGAUCUCGCCGAGGAACGUCUAUACUGGGCGAUGAAUAACAUAGAGGGCAUUGUUGGAAAGAAAACGAAGCCCGAUGUCAUCUCCGCGAUGAGUAUGGCUCGAUCUAGAAUGGAUACUGCGACUGGGGUACCUACGGAAUACUUCUCACACGAUGAUAUCUGCAACGCUCAACCCAACUCUAGGGCUUACUCGAAACAGGUCAUGACUCCUUUCAGGGCUGGUGGGGUACCGGUAGCCCCUUCGGACGAAACUAUGAUUCUUCUAGAGGUUUCAAAGUCUAUGGAUUCCGCACCGCUUCGCCCGAAUUAUAAUGAGCACCUCAUUACAGGUUAUUCCGUCUCAAACCAGCCAAAGAGCAAAGAUAUCGCCCAGGCCAUCAUACGUCGCUUUACCCAGGCAAUGAUCAAUCACGACCACGGUACCAGAGGCUAUCAAUUUGUCACAUUCGCAGAUCAGGGCCGCUACGUAGGCCUCAUCAACCACCAGAGCUUCGAACAGAUAUGGUCGAACAUUAAAUUCAGGGGAGAAACUCGGCUGAUGUCAGGCUGGCAAAGAGCCAAGGAGCUCCACUUCCAAAAGCACUCUGGAACAGCAAUCCAUCACCCUAUGUACGGGUGGCAAGCUGGUCCAGAAACACCCAUACUGAGACUACUUAUCAUUCUCGAUGGCGAAGCCGCAGAUAUGAAUGAAUUCCAUCUCGAUCUGCUCGGCCUAUCUUGGGUUUAUGUCACGAUCUUCCUGAUGGGUGCAGAUAGAUGUCCACAGCAUCAUCGUCUUGCAAACGAGCUACAGAGAAUCAGCAAUAUCAAUCCCCGUAUCUCUUUCCUAGAUGCGCAAGGGAAUAUGCCGGAGCGUUUCAUUACUCAUGAACUGCUCAAGCGACAUCUCGGAUACAAUGUUUCGUUUUCUGAUUUUGAGACAUUGGAGCAAGCGACGGUGGAUCUACCAUCAUAUGUUGAGUGA